AUGGUGCUUAAGAAGUUCGCUAGCAACCUCUUGGGGAGGCGAACCAGCCAGGAUGAGACUGUCCAGCCGGAUCUCGACACGCCAGAAGCCAACGCAGCACGAGGAGUGCGGUUGUUCUGCGAGUCUGGCGGACCAAAUAACUCGACCGAAGAGAUCCAGUACCUCCCCGAGAUCGUCACUGCCGCCGAGUCCUCACCCGCGGCCGCCUCCGCCGCCGCAGCGCAGAUCCGCAAGUUCCUCUCCAAAGAGAACUAUUCUCGCCCUCACGUACAAUACAAUGCAAUCAUGCUGAUCCGGAUACUCACUGAUAACCCCGGCGCGACCUUCACGCGCAACAUCGACGCAAAGUUCGUAGCUACGGUCAAGGAGCUGCUACGGCAAGGACGCGAUCCCAGCGUGCAGCAAAUACUACGGGAGACAUUAUUCGCGUUGGACCGGGAGAAGGCCUACGACACAAACCUGGCACAGCUCUUCGCUAUGUGGAGGAAGGAGCAGGGCUCCAGCAACCUGAAUUCUUCAAGUGGAUAUGGCUCACGCCCCGGCUUCCGCGUCCCCCCCUUCGAUCCCAACCGACCGCCGGUACCGCCCUCCCAGCAGCCCGACUCCCGACCCCCGCACCCCUCCCGCCAACGCUCCGGCCUCCCUCCUCCCGGCGAGCUAGCCGGCCGCAUCGAAGAAGCGCGCACAACGGCGAAGCUCCUCCUGCAGCUGGUCCAGUCGACCGCACCCACGGAGCUGCUGUCAAAUGAGCUGGUCAAGGAGUUCGCGGAUCGCUGCCAGACGGCACAGCGCAGCAUAACGGGCUACCUGAACUGCGAGGACCCGGCGCCGGACGACGAUACGAUGUUGACGCUUAUUGAGACGAAUGAGCAGCUUGUGCUUGCGGCUACGAAACAUCAGCGCGCUGUGUACAACGCCCGCAAGACCUCUGGCUUGUCCUUCCCCUCGCCUGUGCCGCCGGUGAAUAUCGGCGCGAACGGCGGCACGCCCACCUUACCGCCUGUACCGGGUGUAGGUAUGGGAGUGGGACAGACCGCCUACGCCGCCCCCGCAACUGAAAGCGCCUACGCUCCUCCACCUCCACUAGCAGGACCGUACGCCCCUCCGCCUAUGCCGCCGCCUUCUGUGCGAAACAGCCUCAACGCUCGCGCCGCCCAGUCUCGGGAGGACUCAGAUAACCCGUUCUCCGACGAGCACGAGACCCGUCCCACGGCCGCAACAGCUGGUCCGGGUUCUUAUGCCCACCCUUAUGAGCCUGUGAACUAUGGGCCUAGCCCGUCGUUGCCGCCGCGAAGACCUGUGCAGAUGUCGUCGGAGGAACGGGAGGCGAUGCAGGAGACCGAAGCGUGGGAGAGCGAGCGGCAGAGUAGGCAGACAGGAGUGGGGCAGGGGAUGGGGUAUGCGGGACGGCAGAUGGAGCAGCCGGGGUACCGGCAAGAUGAAGGUGGACAGAGUGGGCAUCCGGGGGUUCAGAGCACGCCGAGUUAUCUGCAUAGGCAGGAGAGCAGCACGCAGAAUCUUACUAUGCAUGGAGGGGUCAAUCCUAUGCCGAGCCAGCAACAGCAGCCGGUCCAGAGGGAGGAGGAGAGGAGUCCGGUCAGUCCGGUGCAGUACCGGUAUUGA